GUUUAGUAGCGGUUACUGGAACUGGGGAUUAGAUCGAUACAUACACCACCGUCUCUAUACACACUCCCUCCCUCCCUCCCUCUGUUACUUUUACCUAAGCUCUCACUCUCCCUUUUCCGGUUUCUCUCUCUACUGUGGAAGAAACACCGUCGAGUUUCUCUGUUUUCUUCAUGUAUUUACCAUGACUAUUGCUUCCAUUUCUGUGCUCCGCCAGAAACUACCCCACUUCCUCUCCACAGGUUUUCUAUGCCAGCAACGAUUCAUCUCUGCCGCUGCUCGCCACCACCAAAACCCUAUCAAUGUCAGAAGGCAGCACCAGCACCAGCAACCUCAGAAGAAUCUUCUCAGAGCUCGAGAAACCUUUAAGAAGCAGUUCUCCGCUCUUGCUCCUACCCUAUCCCCCGACGAUGAGCUUCCGCUGACGGAAAAUCAGGCAGUCGGCACCGUCGCCUCAUCGCAAGCCAAUUUCAUGCGCGUAGUCGUGAAUUCCGCUUCGCAGCCCGAAGAUUCUGCAAGUUUGGGGGUGGAGCUGCUGUGCGUGGUGAAGGCUGUCUUGAAGAAAAUCAGGAGGCGAGUGCUUGUGGGGGAUAAGGUUCUGGUUGGGUCGAUUGAUUGGGUGGACAGGAGAGGAAUGAUUGAAAAUGUGUUUCAGCGGAAGAGUGAGAUUUUGGAUCCUCCUGUGGCGAAUGUCGAUCAUCUGCUGGUGCUUUUUUCGUUGGAGCAGCCGAAAAUUGAACCGUUUAUGCUUACUAGGUUCCUUGUGGAGGCUGAAUCUACUGGAAUCCCCCUCACGCUUGCGCUGAAUAAGGCGGAGCUCGUUGAUGAAUCGACACUGGUGGAGUGGAAAUCUCGGCUUCGUGGUUGGGGCUAUGAGCCAGUUCUUUGUAGUGUUGAUACUAAACGUGGACUGGAUACGCUGCAAUUCAUUCUGAGAGACCAGACCUCUGUAAUUGUUGGUCCUAGUGGCGUUGGUAAAUCAAGUUUGAUCAAUGCAUUAAGAGGCAAUAAAAGUGUUCUUGCGGCUACUGAAGAGGAUAAUUGGUUUGAGCCUAUUCUGGGUAGCAAGUGGUUUGAAGAGCAGCGUGUUGGGGAAGUGUCAACAAGGAGUGGAAGAGGGAAGCACACCACUCGAAAUGUUUCAUUGCUUCCAUUGUCUGGAGGAGGAUAUCUUGCUGACACUCCCGGAUUUAAUCAGCCUAGUUUGAUGAAAGUAACGAAGCAAUCCCUUCCGCAAUAUUUUCCAGAGAUCCAAAAAAUGCUGAAAGACAAUGGACCUGGAAAAUGCUCUUUCAGUGAUUGCCUGCAUCUAGGUGAACCAGGGUGCCUUGUGAAAGGUGACUGGGAAAGAUAUGCAUACUAUCUUCAGCUUCUUGAUGAGAUUAAGAUUAGAGAGGAGUUUCAACUGAGGACUGUUGGAACGAAAAGAGAGAGUGAUGUGAGGCUCAAGGUUGGAGAACUGGGUGUCAAGCAAGCUGAACCAAGAUUAGAACCCAAGAAGCACAGGAGACAAUCUCGCAAAAAGGUCAACCAGUCUAUACUAGAUGAGUUGGAUGAACUUGAUGAUGAUGACGAAAUGUUGGACGGAGACUAUCCUGUUAGGGCAGUAAAAGAAGACAAUCAAUAAGGGAACUGUACACUUCCGAUGGUGUAAGAAAUCGCUAUGGUGCAUGUUGCCUCGAAGAUCGUUGUAAAUAAUCUCAACUUCCUUAACCCUUUUAGUCGAUGAGAGUUCAAUACUGUUCAUAGUGAGGAUUUACAAAUUCUGAACAUUUUGUAACAAGAUCAGGAUUUAUCAGCAAUGCCGUUGUCUCACGAGUAUCAACUUUCCGUUAGUGAAGUUUAUACGGAAAAGCAUUGCAAGCAUAUCAAAGGACCGGUAUGGUAUUGUGAAUUUGGAACCAAGCAUCGUAGUUUAUUUAAAUUUUAA